UUUAGUACCGAUUACUCCUAAAUGAAAUACAGGCCAUUUCUGACCUUCCGAAGACCGUUGCUUGCAACCAAACACCACCUUAGCACACCUCCCUUCCAUUGCUUCUCUACAACCAUGUCUGGAAUCAGCAAAGCCUGUUGCUCAAUCCCCCCUGUUGUGUCCAAGGGCUAUCAACCCAAGGGAGAAUACAAGACCAUCAAUGGCCUGAAGACCUACGUGACCGGCCCGGAAUCAGCUACCAAGGCCAUCCUGGUCGUAUAUGACAUCUUCGGCUUCUUUGACCAGACCGUCCAAGGUGCCGACAUCCUCGCUACGUCGACCGACCAAAAAUACCGCGUCGUCAUACCCGACUUCUUCGAGGGUAGCCCCGCCGACAUCUCGUGGUAUCCCCCCACCACCCAGGAACACAAGGAGAAGCUGGGUCAUUUCUUCUCAACCAAGGCUGCGCCACCCCAAACCCUUUCCAAAAUCCCCAAUGUCGUCGCCGAAGGCAACAAGCUAGCCCCUGGUGGCAGCUUCGAAUCUUGGUCGAUCCUGGGAUUCUGCUGGGGCGGCAAGAUCGCCUCCCUAUCCGCUGGCGCUGAUAACAAGCUAUUCAAGGCCGCCGUGCAGUGCCACCCGGCUAUGGUCGACGCCAAUGAUGCAAAGACCGUGAACAUCCCCAUGGCGUUUCUGGCCUCAAAAGACGAGCCUGUCCAAGACGUCAAGGACUUUGAGGCCAACUUGAAGGUCCCCAAGUACUUCGAGACUUUCCCAACUCAGAUCCACGGCUGGAUGGCUGCGCGAUCGGACCUGGAGAACACCGAGGUGCGCAAGGAGUAUGAGCGCGGUUACAAGGCCGUUCUCCAAUUCUUACACCAGCACUCGUAA